GUAAAGAAAAGAAAAGAUAGAGAAAAAGAAAGGGGGGAAACCUACUGAUAUCAUGAAAAAGAAAGAAUCAGGGCAGUUUUACAAGUGAUUCUCUUUCGCUUUCUUUCUCUUAUUUUCUUUCUGGUACUACAUAAUAAACUUUAAUUUUGAAUUGGAUAAUACUUUUUUUUUCUUUCCUUUUCCUCUUUUUCUUUACUCUUUCUUGAACCAUGUCUUUAGAAAAAAGGAAGAAGUCUCCUUAUGGUCCAUUUGUUGAACAAGUGUUUAUGCCAUCACUUCGACUUGCUUGUCUGCUGUUUGCUGUGUUGGCCAUUGGAUUUGCAAGCUGGUUAGAAACGAAUGAUUCGAUCCAGGACUGCACUUUUAAGAACAGCAUGUCUUUCCACCAAAUUCAAUUGUAUCGAAAUAUCUCUAGUAACGUCACUACACCUGAUUCAGUAUCGUUUGGACUAUGGAAAUCAUGCUAUUUUUAUGCUCUGAAUUGUACUUGUUCACCUACCAAUCUUCGAUACCAGCCAGAUAUUCAGACACUUUUAGAGACCGCCGCAACAACACAUUUGGCUAAACCAAUGUCAGCAACUGACAGUUCUUUUGACAGAAUUAUUCCAUUGGUUCUGGCUACUAUUGCUUGUGCCAUUGCAUUCUUUAUUGGUUUUUCAUGGGCUAAGAGAAGAGGAAAAUACUUGGCUCGACGUAUUGUUGCGGGUCUUUUAUUUAUCACACUUGUGUUUGUUGCCUAUGCGUUUGGUUCAACAUACGAUCAUUAUUACAAGUCAAUUAUCUCAACCUGCAAAGACCCAACGAAUACAGUCCUUUGUGCUCGACAUAAAGUAGGCACAGAAGUCAUUCUGUUUGGCAUUGCAUUAGGAUGUCUGUUCAUAGGACUCUUACUUUAUCUCCUUGCUUCUGGAUUUAUUUACAAAGAGGAAGAACCAGAACAUGUUACCAAGUUUGAUGUAGAAGGGAAAAUGGCUCGUUUCUUUCGCAAAAAAAAUAAUUCAAAGAACAAGACCAUGUAUAGUCAACAAGAUGAAUUAGCAGCAUGGCAUGACGCUUCCAUGUUUGAAAACGAAAGUCAUGAAGAUUUUUGGGAAGAACAUUCAUCAGCCAAUAACUCGUAUGAUCCAUUAGUAUAUGACAACAAAAAAUAUCAUCAUAGAAAACACACGAAACCUAGUCAGUCUCUUUUGUCGCUUCAACAACAUCAGCAGUCCUCUCUAUCGCCUCCUCCACCUAUUGCUACCAGUGGCCAUCGAUCUCGUACAGCCAAACAUACGCGCCGUCAAAUAAAUGUUCGACAAGAGAGUUCGACAACAUUUGGCGGAAAACAACGAAGGAAAUCAAGUGGUCGACCUCUCUCUGAUCUUGAACCCAUUUAUCAGCAACAGCCGAUAAGAAGUGCUACUAGAACACCAACUUCACCCUAUCCUCAGAAUAAUGACAAGCCAAAUCAAUCAUCGUCUUCUUUUUGCAUGACACCAUUUUAUGUAGAUAAUGAAGCUGAUUCACCAGUGAGUUCUGGUUAUUUUGAACAACAACCUAGUUCUAAAAGAAGAUUGUCUCACCAUCAGUUCUCUGGACAGAAAUUACCUGUAUUGAACAUGCCACCUGUAGGCAUGGAACAUCCAUUGAAUAAGAGAAUAGUGACUGAUAAGCGAAUACAAACCUAUCUACAGAAAAAUGGUCCCUAAAUGUACAUUAUGAUACCUUUUACUUGAUUAUAUUCAAUCUUGACAAUAAACACACACACACACACCUUUUCUCUUCAUUAACCCCCUUUGUUUUCCUUAUGAAAC